AUGUUGCGAUAUUGGUCCUGGCUGCUGGUCGGCCUUUCUCUGUUCUCCAGUCUCACCCUCGCCGCGCCUGAACGCGGAAGGAAUGGAACUGGCGGGAAUCGAAAUGGAAGACAGACCGCCCAGCAGCAGGCUGCAUCAGUACCGCAGGUUGAGAGUACUGCCAGUGAUGGCUCAAGGAUCGUCGACAUGACCGCCACUGUGAAUGGCCUUCAGAUGCGAUUCAAGGUAUCGGCACCUGAGGAUCAAUUCGUCUCGACCAGCGCCGUUCGGAGGCAACUCAGCAACGCAACCAGCGCCUCGAAUAGUACCUCACCUGGUACUAUGGGCUUAAAUGUACUUCUUCAUGGCGAUGGCGGACAGUCCUUCUUCGACUUUCCGAAUCAGAAUGUCCAAGCCAACCUCAUGGGCGUCGUCAUCCUGGCUCCUGAUCCGAACCUGUUCUGGGGUGGCGGUCAGGGCUUGCAGCGAACAGACGGUGCAGAGCACUCUCAAGCAGUGGCGGACUUGAUCACGGAUGUCAUGCCGCAGAUUGUCAACUUUGAUCCGCAACAAGUCUUCUUCACUGGCGUUUCCGGCGGAGCUCUGAUGAUGUCUGGCUUCUUCAUCCCUCGGCAGAUGCAGAAGUUUCCAAAAGGCGGCGUGUUGCUCAACUGUGGAGGCCUGCCACCCCAGGUGGACUUCGUGGAUCCGAACGUGCUGGCCACAACAACCAUCCAUCACCAGUCCACGCAACAAGAACUAGCCAGUCUUCAGCAAUCGAUUCCAGACGCAGUAGCUGCGUAUGCACAAGCAGCUAGUGAUGCUGGACUGUCGGCAGACCAGGUCAACCAGCUGCAGACGGUGGAUAACACUCCCGAUGGCGGACACUGCGCCUUCGACGAGGUGGGCUUCGUGAGUGGGAUCCAGCUGAUGGCCGACAGCUAUGCAAAUGUCAUCCAGCAGGGCGGGAAUGGUCAAGUCAAUGGCAUUGGCAACGUGCGGAGAGGGGUCGUGGGAGCCCAGCUGACAUUCGUUUAG